UCUCAUCUCAAACGAGCAGAUCACACACGGAGAGGUCUUAUUUUUCGCGACUUGUUAAAUGGCGGAGGAACUGUUAGUGGAAAACGAUGGAAAAACAAGCGCGCAUCUCACAAAGUCACUGCUGGCGGUGGCUUUCCUGGCCUCAUUCGGCAGCUCCAUGCUCUAUGGCUACAAUUUGGCAGUGGUCAACUCGCCCGCUGAGUACAUCAAAGACUUCUACAAUGAGACAAUGAUAGAAAACUAUGACUGGACCCCAGAUGAACGUCACCUCACUGUCCUGUACUCCCUCACUGUGUCGAUCUUUGCUAUUGGUGGGAUGACAGGGGCCCUGCUAGUAGGCAGACUUGUUACCAGAUUUGGAAGGAAAGGGACGCUGGUGAGAACCACCAUGCUGGUGUUUAUAGGAGGAGCUCUGAUGGGCUUCAGUAGAACGUGCAGGAUGCCUGUGAUGGUCAUCUGUGGACGCUUCAUCACUGGGGUACACUCAGGUAUCUCUCUAAGCGCGGUGCCAAUGUACCUCAGUGAGAUCGCCCCCAAAAGCCUGCGAGGCUUCCUGGGCCUCGUUCCCAGCAUCCACAUUUGCCUCGGGGUCUUCAUCGCUCAGGUCCUGGGGCUCCAUGAGCUGCUGGGAAAGGAAGAACACUGGCCUCUUCUCCUGUCCCUGGUGGUGUUUCCUACUAUGGUCCAGCUGAUGUUGUUGCCAUGGUUUCCAGAGAGUCCACGGUACCUGUUGAUAGAGAAGGGAAAUGUGCAUGCCACCAUCGCAGCCCUAAAGUGGUACCGUGCAAAAGGAAAUAUCCAGGCAGAGGUUGAGGAGAUGCAGGAGGAGCAACGCUCUUUGUCCUCCAUCCAGACCAUUUCUGUCAGGAGCCUGCUCAUGGACCGCUGUGUCCGCUGGCAGGUCAUCACCAUCGUGGUCGUCAACAUCAGCAUGCAGCUGUCUGGCAUUGAUGCGAUCUGGUUCUACACAAAUGAAAUAUUUAAGAAUGCAGGAAUCCCAGAACCUCAUAUUCAGUACACAACAGUAGGAACUGGUGCCAUUGAGGUCAUCUCUGGGAUGCUGGGGUGUUUCACAAUCGAGCGUGUGGGGAGGAGACCUCUGAUGAUUGGCGGCUUCCUCUUCAUGGGACUCUGCUGUGCUGGGAUCACUGUGUCUGUCCUCUUACAGGCGCAGCUGACCUUCAUGCGCUACAUCAGUGUGGGCUGUGUUGUCGGGAUCAUUGCUGGCUUCUGCAUAGGUCCAGCUGGUGUGCCGUUCCUGAUCACUGCAGAGCUGUUCAAGCAGUCACACAGACCGGCUGCCUACACUGUGGCCGGCUGCCUCAACUGGUUGUCCAACUUCACCAUCGGCUUCGUCUUUCCCUUCCUAGAGAUGGCUACAGGUCCUUACUGUUACCUGAUCUUCUGUGCAAUCUGUUUGGGAGUGGCCAUCUACACCAUCUUCGUCAUUCCUGAGACCAAGAGCAAAACCUUUAUGGAGAUCAGCCAGAUGUUUGCUGCCAAGAACAACAUACUUGAAGAGGAGUUGACUCCCAAUGGUCAUUUGAAAUUGGCUAUAAUGAACGGCUAUGGAACCCUUGGUGAAAAGUAAGGGCCCAAGAAAAGGAAAGAAGAGGUGGAUCUACAUGUUAAUGAUGGUUUCUUCUCUUAGUACGGCAGAGGUAAAAGGUGUGGCCACAGGGAGAUCUGCUGCUUUAUUUGAAAACUACAAAGACCAGUGCACACAUAUGGAUAAAUCACACACGCACACACACACACACAAGAAAUAUGGAUUAGCCAAAGUGUAGCUCCUGUAAAUUAUGUGAGAUAGAAGUCAUGUGGUGUCUCAAAUCAACCAUCAGUGGCAUUUUAAUCCAUUUGUCAGCAUCUUGCAGCAUUUUUACACUGACUGAGUUGGUUUCUUACAGUGCUCUUGGAAGUUUUCAUCUCUGUAUUAGUUCCACUUCUUCUAAACACAUCCUGUGAUCACUUUGUUGUUCAUGUUUGGUGUUGAAUUCCCUCUGUUGCUCAGUACAGAGUGCAUAUAUGUACUGUAUUCAACUCUGAGGCAGUGGCAGUGCUUCCAUCAGCGUACUGAGAGUAGGUAUGAAAUCCAUCUCUGAGAUGUUUCCCUCAGCAGUUAAAGGCAAUGAGACGUCAUGUGAAUAAUAAGAUGUAUACUGUUAUUGCUUGUUUACACUGGCGAGCUCAAGGUCUUGAUAAAGAACUUGAGCUUUGUCUUGUCUUUCUUUUCAUCUUUCAGUGACUUUGUUUCUCUUUUACUUAAGAGAGCUGGAUAUUGUGGCUACUGUAGUAGUCAUUUCAUAUUUCUUGUCCAAAUAUACAGUAUGCACAUGUAUGUAAA